GUGCGCAGGAGCGGCGGCUCGGCGCGGCGCGGCGGCGAGACGGGGCGCGCGGGGUCGCGGCGGAGCUGCUCCGUGCCCAGCAGCCGGGUGUGGCGGCUCCUGCUGCGCCAUGGGCAAGAAAAGCAAGCGGACGGCGGACAGCUCGUCCUCGGAGGACGAGGAGGAGUACGUGGUGGAGAAGGUGCUGGACCGGCGCGUGGCCAAGGGGCAGGUGGAGUACCUGCUCAAGUGGAAGGGCUUCUCCGAGGAACAUAACACGUGGGAACCGGAAAAAAACUUGGACUGCCCGGAACUCAUCUCGGAAUUCAUGAAAAAAUACAAGAAAAACACGAAAGAAAGCGACGGCGGCGGCAACGGCACCAAGGGCCGCGAGCGGGCCGAGGGCGGCAAGCGGAAAGCGCCGCUGCCCGGCGCCGCCGACGACCUCAAGGCCAAGAAGAAGCGGGAGAGCAACGACAUCGCGCGGGGUUUCGAACGGGGCCUCGAGCCCGAGAAGAUCAUCGGCGCCACCGAUUCCUGCGGCGACCUCAUGUUCCUCAUGAAGUGGAAGGACACGGACGAGGCCGACCUGGUGCUGGCCAAGGAGGCGAACGUCAAGUGCCCGCAGAUCGUCAUCGCCUUCUACGAGGAGCGGCUCACCUGGCACGCGUACCCCGAGGACGCCGACGGCCCCGAGCGCCCGGCGCCCAGGAGCUAAGGGGCCCCCCUCAAAAAAAAAAACCACCCCCCCCCCCCCCCAAACACAUACACACACACCCCGCUGUACAUAGCUCGGCCGUCUGUCCGGCCGUCCCCACCUUGGGGGGGGGGGGGGGUGGCCAUGCCCUCUGCCCCCCCCCCCCCCUCGCUGCAGGGGUGCCCCCCCCCCAACAAGGUGCCAACCCCCCCCCUCCAAAAAAAAAAAAAAAGGGGGGGGGGUAUGGCCCCUCUCCCCACACUACCACCAGCCCGGCUCAGCAACGUGCGCGUCCGUCCGUCCGGCUGUGGGGCAGCCGCUCCGCUGCCACGUGGGGGUGGGGGGGGUGGUGGUGGUGGGGGGCGGCUGGAGGGGGGUUGGGGGGGGGGCCCCGGGGUUGGGGGGGGUGGGGGGGGCCCCAUCUCUGCUGUUUUUUUCUACCGUCGCUGUUUUUAACCGUGGCCCCCGCCCCCCACCCCGUCCCGCGGGGACCCCCUCCCCACCCCCUGGGGAACCCCCACCCACCCCGGCCGUGUCGCGUCCCCCCCCCCCCCCCGCCCCCCAUGUGUCUGUUCCCCCCCCCCGGCCGUGUCCCCCCCCCCCAACCUUGUAUUUGCUUCCAAUAAACAGUCACUUUUCAGGA